AUGACCACUCCUCGAAUUCUGUUAACCGGGGCAUCAGGCUAUAUUGGUGGCUCUGUGUUAUCGAGCCUCUUAAGCUCGGAUCUUCCUCUACUGAAAGAAAUGACUAUUUCAGUGCUAGUAAGAAGUGAAGAUCAGGCAAAGGUGCUUGCUAAGAUCGGUGCCAUACCUGUCUUGUUUAACGGCCUCGAUGAUCUAGAAAUGAUACGCCAGAUUGCAAGCGCCUAUGAUCUAAUCAUCAAUAUUGCCAUGAGCUUCCACAGAGGCUCUGCCAAGGCAAUGAUACAAGGGCUCGGCGACAGAAAAAAGCAAACUGGACAAGAAGUUCAUUUUAUACAUACUUCGGGGACAUCAAACUUGGGAGACCAUCCUAUUACGGGAAUCUUUAUUGAAAACCAUGUCUUUUCAGAUAAAGAAGACAUAUUCUCCUAUGAAAAAUACCGAGAGAGCAUAACACAGUACGAUCAACGAACCAGUGAUGUCACAGUGAUAGAAACGGGCCUAGAGGCCGGAGUGAAGACGUAUAUCAUUAUGCCUCCACUGAUAUAUGGACAGGGAAGUGGUUUAUUUAACAAAUUGUCCAUUCAGAUACCAUUGUUGAUUCGGCAGGCUAUUAAAAGCGGCCGUGCUGAGAUUAUAGGCCAUGGAGACCACAUCUGGAACCAUGUUCACAUCUCGGACCUUACAGAGUUGUACAAACUAUUCAUCCAUAGGAUCCUUACCACACAGCCUCUAACAUCAGGGCCAAGAGGGAUAUACUUCGCUGAGAGCGGUGAGCAUUCAUGGUGUCAACUCGCUACCGGUAUUGGUCGUGCUGGAGUGUCCUUGGGUAUCCUAGAAUCCUCACAAGUACAACAUCUGCAACUGGAAGAUGCUGCUGCUAAAUGGCUUGGCGGAAAUCAAAAGGUCGCAGAGUUAGGCUUCGCUUCCACAUCUCGAACUAGGGCUGACUUGGGUCGGGAACUCGGUUGGGAGCCGAAAAAAACUCUGAAAGAUUUUGAAAGGAAUUUUCUGGUGGAAUUUGAGACUAUUUACACCUUGGACAAGAAUAACGGGGCGAAUCUCCAAGGGAACAAAUGGCUAUUGGAACAUAAUUCUUAG